UGUUUUCUGCAUGUAGAGCUAUAAAAACCUGAUCUAUAAGCAAUAAAAAACCUCUAAGUAAAUAAAUAUAUGUCAUAAUGACGAUUUUUAGGCCCGGUUAUCAGUCACAUCCCGCGGCCAAAAGAAAGGUGGAUGACGCUGCUGUCACCAGCCCAAUGAGAUGAAGAUAAGGUCAAGGAGCUCAUUUCAAAAUGUCUGCAGGCUCGGGACAUGGCUUACUGUCCUUACAGCAGCUUCCCUGUUGGUGCUGCCUUACUGACGACAGAUGGUGCUAUAAUUACAGGCUGUAACGUGGAGAACGCAUCCUAUGGUCUGACGGUGUGUGCUGAGCGUACAGCUGUCCAGAGGGCCGUGGCGGAGGGACACACACACUUCACCGCUAUUGCUGUCACAUGCGAUGUGAAAGACAGUUUUGUUGGGCCGUGUGGAGCGUGUCGACAAGUUCUCAUGGAGUUUGGGUCAGAGUGGACCGUCUACUUGACCAAGCCAGAUGGAUCGUAUAAAGAAAGCAGCCUGACUGAGCUGCUGCCCUCGGCCUUUUCCCCAGCCCACCUUGCAAAGAACUGACAGCUUACAAUAACGCUACCAGACACUAUCUGAACAACAACGGUGCACAUUUGCAGUUAA